AGCAUGGCUAGGCGCUGCAAUCACCACCGGGGUCCCCGUUUUCCAGAGACCCACUCAAGUGAGAGCAGAUACCGAGGGGACAUGUUUGGCCACGGCCAGCCACAUGGAAAGCUUCAGGCACAAGUUUCCCAGGGUUUUUCCCUGCAUUUCCAUUUUCUGCCCCUCAGCACCUUGGCCGGGCUCGGCGGUGACUUGCCUCUUGGCAUCUGGCCCGCAUCGGCCGCCGCUUGCUCCCACAGCGACGCCGCCAGGGCCCAUAAAGAGGAGGCAGCAGGCAUCACCGUGCGAGCUCGGUGGUGCACCACGGGGCCACCAGACCCCCUGGAGGAGAAGCUGUCACCCCGGCGGGCUCAGCCACCGCUCCUUCUCCUUUCCACUUUUACCAGGAAAAUCCAUAUCCAAGGCUCAGCACCAAGUCCUCUCUCGUCCCGCUCCUGGAUGGAGGUCCAGCUCCUAACCACCACCCUGGGGGGGGCAGGACAGUGGACACCCAUCGGGGACCCCCCCAACAAGGCGAUCCCCUGGCUGGAUGCAGGUCGGUGCGCUCCCAUGGGACAGCAUGCAAAGGUCGUGGAGCUGCUGCGCCAGGACCAUCAGCGCCGGGACCUGCAGGCUGGCUCCCCGGUGGCGAGCCCCGCGUGGCUGGCCAGAGGGGUGAGGACAACCUGGAGCACGAGGGCUGGAGAGCAGGGCAGGGGGCUUGGUGUCCUGUUUGUGUCUGUGGCGCUGCCCGCAGAUAAUCUCCGAGGGAACUCGGAGUGAGAUCAAAACAAGGUUUUGUGUAAAAUACACCGGUCAAUAUUUUCGGGUGUUGAAUUUCCCCUCGUGUAAAGCAACCGUUCACUUCAAGGAGACCACGAGUGCUCAGUGCUUCACCAGUUGGUUGUUUUCCUACUUAUUUUGGCCCAACAUUUGGCACAGCUACCUCAGCUCUAGGUUUCAGGCCAACGUCCAGCUUCUGUGGCAAGCAGGCAGGUAUCCGUGAGCACA